AUGAGUGAAGAAGAUAAGACAGUGAAAUCAGAAAAUCCAAACGACGCAAAUGCAGGCGUAUCACAUGGAAUUGCGAGGCCUAUACCAACAUUUUGGUAUGAAAAACCUCAAUUAUGGUUCGCGAUGAUCGAGGCACAUUUUAAUCGAUCACGAAUAAAAACAGAAGAUGUCAAAUAUGAAUUUAUAUUAUCAUAUUUAGAUGACAAAUUAGCCAGUGAAGUGGAAGAUAUAAUAUUAAAUCCACCGAAAGUCGAACCCUAUACUAAGUUAAAGAAAGAAAUAAUACAACGUUUAUCACAGUCACAGGACCAAAAGAUUCGAAGGUUGCUACAGCAAGAGGAACUGGGUGAUCGAAAACCGUCGCAAUUUUUACGACAUCUAACAUCAUUGGCCGGUCCACUACUAGAUGAGAACAUUUUAAGAACCUUGUGGCUACAAAGAUUACCUACGCAUACACAACAAAUAUUAAAGGCACAUCCGACCAUGAAAAUUGAAGACCUAGCCGCCAUAGCAGAUAGCAUCGGUGAGGUUAACAUCGCGCCAACGGUAGCCGCCACAAGCCUUACCGACAGUACAACGUCUGAAUUAUUAAAACGAGUAGAAGACCUAACAAAAAUGGUAGCUGAAUUGCAAAAUAGACGUCCUAGAUAUCGGCAUAAUUCUCGUUCUAGGAAAAUCUCGCGCACAAGAAGUUUUUCACGCCAAAGAAAUGGUAGCAGGCAAAGAUUUGAUACGUGCUGGUACCACUUCAAAUUUGGAGACAAAGCUAAGAAAUGCACGCAACCAUGCAAAAUGUCGGGAAACGAAGAAGACAGGCACUAA